AGGAGAAAAGGAGUCCCAAGGAUCUUGGCAUGAGGUCUUACUUCCAGCUAGAUAGGAGGCGUGAAGAAGACAGCACUGAAGUUGAGAAGACAAGAGGGACAUGGGACAGCCGGGAGGAUGUCCAAGCUGAGCUUUUUUUUGAAGGCCAGUCCAGUUCAGACUUCAGUCCCAGUCCUGAGGUCCUGCAAGACCCUCUUGCUUUGUAUAAAUGCAGCUUUGCCUCCGAUAAUGUGGAUGAUGAACUCUCUGAGAGCUCCAACCUUAGCCCUUCUCCCUGUGGUCCCCCUCCAAUGUGCACCCAACUAGAAAUUGAACCUCAAAUUCCGGGUGAGGAUGGUCUGGACUUCCCUGAAGAUCGAAAGUUCUCCUGGGAGUCAGGAAGAAACCCAGAAAGCUAUGGUUCUCUCGCAAGUUCCUUGCAGUACAAUCGGCGCCUCUUGGAUUUCCAAUCUUUGGAAGAUCUUCAGAAUUGUCCCAGCAUCGAUGCCGAGACUUGUCCAGAGUUAUCUUGGAUGGAGAACUUGGAACAACCUCUGGAGAAAGAAUCUCAAGCCCUCCAGCAGCUCGCUUUCAACCACGCUGAGGAAAGUCUUUUGGAUUCCAGAGGGACAACGCAGAUGCCCCACACCUUCACACGAGUUGGUAGCCAACCGGAGAAGCACACACACAAGCCAAAAGCAGAUGUACCCCAUGGGCUGUUGUCCAAAGGUCCAAGGCAGUCCAGAUCUCUGAGCCCUCAACGAAUUACCAGUCAGAAGAAACCGGGACGUCCUGCUUUGAAAGAACCAAACCGAGAGACUUUGUCAAACUCUGGGGCAAAAGACGUCACCCAAUAUGGCCGAGGGAAACUCAACUACCCAUUACCAGAUCUCUCCAAAGUAGAACCCCGGGUCAAGUUCCCCAAGGAUCCUCAAAGCUACCAACCACCUCAAGGGAAGACUUCUCCAGCCAGCAGGAAGGAGGUUAGGAAGCCAGUCAUCUUCAAGUCUCCUGCCGAGAUUGUCCGAGAGGUGUUGCUGAAUAGCGGAGAAGGUCCUCCCGCAAAAUGCCUCACGCCCACCGUCUCUGUUAUUCCCGAGGAACUGAAGUCCCCCAGACAGGCUACGGAGCUGGUGCAUCAGCUUCAGGAAGACUACCACAAACUUCUAACCAAGUACGCUGAAGCUGAGAAUACCAUCGACCGGUUGCGGCUGAGUGCCAAG